GGUCGGGGCUUGGGUCCAGUCGGCAGGCCGUGGUUGUCGUCUCCUCCGGGCGGUUUUCCCCCUCUGGAGGUAGCUUCUCUGGGGACACACGGAGAGAAAUGGAAGCUCGCAGGCUUGGUUUGUGGAGAUGUUGAAGGAAAGUUUGAUGUUUUAUUCAACAGAAUUCGAGCAAUUCAGAAGAAAAGUGGAGACUUUGAUCUGCUGUUGUGUGUAGGAAAUUUCUUUGGCUCCACCCCAGAUGCUGAAUGGGAGGAGUAUAAGACUGGCAUCAAGAAAGCUCCUAUUCAGACAUAUGUGCUUGGUGCCAACAAUCAGGAAACAGUAAAAUACUUCCAAGAAGCUGAUGGGUGUGAAUUAGCUGAAAACAUUACUUAUCUUGGUCGUAAAGGUAUCUUCACUGGAAGCUCGGGGCUACAGAUUGUAUACCUCAGUGGGACAGAGUCCUUAAAUGAACCAGUCCCAGGUUACAGUUUUAGUCCCAAGGAUGUGUCUUCCUUGAAAACAAUGCUGUGUUCCACAUCCCAGUUUAAGGGCAUUGAUAUCUUGCUCACAUCCCCAUGGCCCAAGUAUGUGGGAAACUUUGGGAAUUCUUCUGGAGAAGUAGAUACCAAAAAAUGUGGCUCAGCUCUGAUAUCCAGUCUUGCCACAGGCUUGAAACCAAGGUAUCACUUUGCUGCACUGGAAAAGUCGUAUUAUGAAAGGCUUCCAUAUCGAAACCAUGUCGUUCUACAAGAAAAUGCACAGCAUGCCACUCGGUUCAUAGCUCUGGCAAAUGUUGGAAAUCCAGAAAAAAAAAAGUAUCUUUAUGCAUUCAGUAUUGUUCCCAUGAAAUUAAUGGAUGCAGCCGAACUGGUGAAGCAGCCUCCAGAUGUCACGGAAAACCCUUACAGAAAGUCUGGCAAGGAAGCAUCCCUAGGAAAAGAAAUUCCUGCCCCUGAGGAAGAAUCAGCUUGUCAAUUCUUCUUUGAUUUAAAUGAAAAGCAGGGGAGGAAGCGUUCAUCCAUGGGCAGAGAAAGCAAAGCUUCUCCUCAUGCUAAGCAACCUCGCAAACCUCCUCAGCCUCCAGGACCCUGCUGGUUUUGCCUUGCCAGCCCUGAAGUUGAAAAGCAUUUGGUGGUCAAUGUUGGCACACAUUGCUACCUUGCCCUGGCCAAAGGGGGCUUAUCUGAUGACCAUGUCCUUAUCCUGCCUAUUGGACACUACCAGUCAGUUGUGGAGCUUUCAGCAGAGGUAGUGGAGGAAGUUGAAAAGUACAAGGAUACUCUGAAAUGCUUCUUUAAAAGUAAAGGGAAACGCUGUGUUCUCUUUGAGAGAAAUUAUAAGAGUCAUCACCUCCAGCUUCAGGUCAUUCCUGUGCCACUCAGCUGCUGUGCUACAGAUGACAUUAAAGAUGCCUUCAUUACCCAGGCACAAGAGCAGCAGAUAGAGUUAUUGGAAAUCCCAGAGCACUCUGACAUCAAGCAGAUUGCUCAACCAGGAGCAGCAUAUUUUUAUGUUGAAUUUGACACAGGAGAGAAGCUUUUCCACAGAAUUAAAAAGAAUUUUCCUUUGCAAUUUGGAAGAGAGGUACUGGCCAGUGAAGCCAUUCUCAAUAUUCCCAACAAGUCUGACUGGCGGCAGUGUCAGAUCAGCAAGGAAGAGGAGGAGACCCUGGCUCGCCGCUUCCGGAAAGACUUUGAGCCCUUUGACUUUACUCUGGAUGACUAAACAAAGAGGACAUUUAUGAACUGCACAGUGCACAGGAAAUUGCUAUAGCCUGUUUUUUAAAUGUUAUAGUCCCAAUGGGGGCUGCCUCCCUGCCUCUCUUCCAUGCUUUCUGUGGAACCUGCCUGCAGCAGGAGGUCUACGAUUGAUUUUUUUUUUUUGAGAAGUCAUUCUGAAGUGAAAAUUGUAUGUUAAAAGCAUUUCUAAGAACAGCUUGUGUUUGCUUAUAUCUUCACAAACUUAAACAGUGAGCCAGAUGUGUUCUCAUGCCUGUACAUCUCAGAGCUUGAAAGGCUGAUGAUGGAGAAGCAUUGCCUUGAGUUUAAGGCCAGUCUGGGUUACAAUGUGAGACUCUCCCAAAACAAAGCUAAAUACAUCUUAAACUAUUCAAAAUUCAAA